AGAGCUCCUGACCCCCAGACCUGUGUCUUUCCCUUUGAGCCACCACGCUGCCUCCCUACUUAGGAGAAAAUACUUUCUGUAAGAUGGAGGUGGAUGCCGACGAGAAACGCCAUCGCACACGCUCCAAAGGGGUUCGAGUUCCCGUGGAACCAGCCAUACAGGAGCUGUUCAGCUGCCCCACUCCUGGCUGUGAUGGUAGCGGUCACGUUAGUGGCAAAUACGCAAGACACAGAAGUGUUUAUGGCUGUCCUUUGGCUAAAAAAAGAAAAACACAAGAUAAACAACCUCAAGAACCUGCUCCCAAAAGGAAGCCAUUUGUGGUUAAAACCGACAACUCCUCAGUAGAUGAAUGUUAUGAAACGGAUGGAACUGAGGAAAUGGAUGAGAAAGAAGAAGAGGAGGAGGAGGAGUACUCCGAUGACAAUGAGGAGCAAGGAGAAGAGGAUGAAGAUGAUGAAGAGAUAGAUCGAGAAGAAGAGGAGGAGAUUGAAGAAGAGGAGGAAGAUGAUGAAGAAGAGGGAGAAGAUGUGGAGGAUGAAGAAGAGGAAGAGGAGGAGGAGGAGGAAGAAGAGGAGGAGGAAGAAGAGCAUGACCAUCAAAUGAAUUGUCACAAUACUCGAAUAAUGCAAGACACAGAAAAAGACGAUAACAAUAAUGACGAGUAUGAUAAUUACGAUGAACUGGUGGCCAAGUCAUUAUUAAAUCUGGGCAAAAUUGCUGAGGAUGCAGCAUACCGAGCCAGGACUGAAUCAGAAAUGAACAGCAAUACAUCCAAUAGUCUGGAAGAUGAUAGUGACAAAAAUGAAAAUAUGGGUCGAAAAACUGAGCUGAGUUUAGAUUUAGACAGUGAUGUUGUUAGGGAAACUGUGGACUCCCUUAAAUUAUUAGCACAAGGACAUGGUGUAGUGCUUUCAGAGAACAUUAAUGACAGAAAUUAUGCAGACAAUAUGUCACAGCAAGAUAACAGAAACAUGAACUUCGUAAUGCUAGGGAAACCUAUGAACAAUGGACUUAUGGAAAAAAUGGUAGAGGAGAGUGAUGAGGAGGUGUGUCUCAGCAGUUUGGAAUGUUUGAGAAACCAAUGUUUUGAUCUUGCUAGAAAACUCAGUGAGACAAACCCACAGGAAAGAAAUCAACAGCAAAACAUGAACAUCCGUCAACAUGUCAGGCAAGAAGAUGACUUCCCAGGAAGAACACCGGAUAGGAAUUACUCUGACAUGAUGAACUUAAUGAGGCUUGAAGAACAGUUAAGUCCCAGAUCUAGAACUUUUGCUAGCUGCGCAAAGGAGGAUGGGUGUCAUGAAAGAGAUGAUGACACCACCUCUGUUAAUUCAGACAGGUCUGAAGAAGUAUUUGAUAUGACCAAGGGUAAUUUAACCCUUCUUGAGAAAGCGAUUGCUUUGGAAACUGAAAGAGCAAAAGCCAUGAGGGAAAAAAUGGCAAUGGAAGCUGGCAGAAGGGAUAAUAUGAGGUCAUUUGAAGAGCAGCCUCCAAGACAACUUCCCGGGGAGGAGAGAAAGCCUAAAACCAGUGACAGCCAUGUCAAAAAGCCAUACUAUGGUAAAGAUCCCUCAAGAACAGAAAAGAAAGAGAGCAAGUGUCCAACCCCAGGCUGUGAUGGAACUGGCCACGUAACGGGGCUUUAUCCUCAUCAUCGCAGUUUAUCCGGAUGUCCUCACAAAGAUAGGGUUCCUCCAGAGAUUCUUGCCAUGCAUGAAAAUGUUCUCAAGUGUCCUACACCAGGCUGCACAGGGCGCGGGCACGUAAAUAGCAACAGGAACUCUCACCGAAGCCUCUCCGGAUGCCCUAUUGCUGCAGCAGAAAAACUGGCAAAAGCUCAAGAAAAACACCAGAGUUGUGAUGUGUCAAAAUCCAAUCAGGCGUCAGAUCGAGUCUUAAGGCCGAUGUGCUUCGUAAAGCAACUAGAGAUCCCUCAAUAUGGCUACAGAAACAAUGUCCCCACAACCACACCUCGCUCCAACUUGGCCAAGGAACUAGAGAAAUAUUCCAAGACGUCGUUUGAAUAUAACACUUACGACAAUCAUACUUAUGGCAAGAGAGCCAUAGCCCCCAAGGUGCAAACCAGGGAUAUAUCCCCCAAAGGAUAUGAUGAUGCUAAACGGUAUUGCAAGAACUCCAGCCCCACCAGCAGCACAACGAGCAGCUAUGCCCCGAGCAGCAGCAGCAACAUGAGUUGUGGAGGCGGCAGCAGCGCCAGCAGCACCUGCAGCAAGAGCAGCUUUGAUUACACGCACGACAUGGAGGCAGCACACAUGGCCGCCACGGCCAUCCUGAAUCUGUCCACGCGCUGCCGGGAGAUGCCUCAGAACCUCUCCACCAAACCUCAGGACCUCUGUGCCCGGAAUCCUGAUAUGGAAGUUGAUGAAAAUGGAACUUUGGAUCUAAGCAUGAACAAGCAGCGGCAACGCGAUGGGUGCUGUACCAUUUUGACACCUCUGGAGCCAAUGUCACCACAGCGACAGGCAGUGAUGAACAAUCGGUGUUUCCAGCUAAAUGAGGGUGAUUGCUGGGACUUGCCAGUAGACUACACCAAAAUGAAACCCAGAAGGAUAGAUGAAGAUGAUUCCAAAGAGAUUAAUCCAGAAGAUUUGGACCCUUUCCAGGAGGCACUAGAAGAAAGAAGGUAUCCUGGUGAAGUGACCAUUCCCAGCCCCAAGCCCAAGUAUCCUCAAUGCAAAGAGAGCAAAAAGGAUUUAAUAACUCUCUCUGGCUGCCCUUUGGCUGACAAAAGCAUCCGCAGUAUGCUGGCCACCAGUUCACAAGAGCUCAAGUGCCCCACCCCUGGUUGUGAUGGCUCUGGACAUAUUACUGGCAAUUAUGCUUCUCAUCGAAGCCUUUCAGGUUGUCCUAGAGCAAAGAAAAGUGGAAUCAGGAUAGCCCAAAGUAAAGAAGACAAAGAAGACCAAGAGCCCAUUAGAUGUCCAGUUCCUGGUUGUGAUGGUCAGGGUCAUAUAACUGGAAAGUAUGCAUCCCACCGCAGUGCGUCAGGGUGCCCUCUAGCAGCCAAAAGGCAAAAGGAUGGGUACUUAAAUGGCUCCCAGUUCUCUUGGAAGUCAGUGAAGACGGAAGGUAUGUCAUGUCCCACUCCAGGAUGUGAUGGCUCAGGACACGUCAGUGGUAGUUUCCUUACACACCGCAGUCUAUCAGGAUGCCCACGAGCCACAUCAGCCAUGAAGAAAGCAAAGUUGUCAGGAGAACAAAUGCUAACGAUAAAGCAGCGGGCCAGUAAUGGUAUAGAAAAUGAUGAAGAAAUCAAACAGUUAGAUGAAGAAAUCAAGGAGCUAAAUGAAUCCAAUUCCCAGAUGGAAGCUGACAUGAUUAAGCUCAGAACUCAGAUUACCACAAUGGAGAGCAACUUGAAGACGAUAGAAGAGGAGAACAAAGUAAUUGAACAGCAAAAUGAGUCUCUUCUUCAUGAACUGGCUAAUUUAAGCCAGUCUUUAAUUCAUAGUCUAGCUAAUAUCCAGCUGCCACAUAUGGAUCCAAUCAAUGAACAAAAUUUUGAUGCUUACGUGACUACUUUGACGGACAUGUAUACAAAUCAAGAUCGUUAUCAGAGUCCAGAAAAUAAAGCCCUACUGGAAAAUAUAAAGCAGGCUGUGAGAGGAAUUCAGGUCUGAACAGCUGCUGUAGUGAUGAAAA